GGAGGAGCGGGGGGGCCGCGUCUUGCAAAACAAAAGGGAGAGGAGCGGCGCGGGGAGCGGGCGGCUCCGCGACUGUCCUCGGCUGUGCGGUGAGCCGCUGUCCCCCCACCAUGUCGCGCCGCAGCCAGCGCCUCGUCACCUCGCGCCUCUAUUCAGAGGAUGAGGACGGCACCAGCUCCCUGCUGGGCGGCCCGCAGCUGCCCUUCAAGGAGAGCACCGCCAGGACGGCGGCGAGGAGGAAAUCAAGCGGCACCAAACGGCUGUCGCCCGGCCCCAGCACCCAGACCUCCUAUUACAGCGAGUCUUUGGUGAGCGAGUCAUACCUGGGGGGCAGCCGGGGGCUGGCCGCGCUGGAUGAUGCCCUGGAUGGCAGCACUUACUGGGGCAGGGAGCUCUCGACCAGGAGGAGAAGGGAUACAGGGGACACGGAGUCCAGCAAAGUCAACGGGCUGCUGGAGAGCCGAACUUAUGACACCUAUGCCUCCUCCUCUGGGUAUUCCUCAGAAGACGACUAUGCAGGUCAGCUCUACUCUGCCCACAGCAGUUCGGGGUCAGGGCUGAGGACUGCCGCCUCCAGGGUUGGCUCCUUCCUGUGGCAGGUGUUCACUGCACCAGCCCGAUUUGUGGGAUGGCUCCUGUCCUGUAUAGCCACCGCCUGGCACCAUGUCACUGGAAGGGCUCCCCAGCUACAGCGUGUCCCCCUGUCCAGGCGCUACCCGCGGCUGAAGAAGUCCCUGUGGUUGCUGCUGCUCCUCUUGCUCCUUGCUGCAGUUGCUUAUGGAGCGUGGUACCUGUACCCAUAUGGCCUGUCAGCACACAGCCUCCCCAUCUUCUCAUGGUGGGGAGCGGGACGCUUCUCCUCCUCAGACGUGCCUGGGGCACGGGACAUGACUGCACUGGACCAGGGGCUGCGAGGAGAGCAGCAGCUCCUGGCCCGCUUCCAGGCUCUGGAGAAGCGUUUUGAGGCACUGGAGGCUGCGGUGUCACGCUGGGAGCUGGGGGUGGCUGGGGGUGAACCCCCACCGACGGGAGACAUGUUGGGCCUGUUGGAGGGGCUGCUGGGCCGCCGCCAGGCCAGCAUGGAGGAACGGCUGCGCAGCGACAUGACCGGGCACCUCCAGGGUGAGCUGGACGCCCUGCGGACACAGCUGCAGACUGAUAUGGACAAACGUCUGGGGAAGAUGGCGCAGGCCUCGCAGGAGAUGGAGGCCCGGCUGCAGGAGCUGAAUGCAGAGUGGCAGAGGUCAGUGCAGGAGGAGCUGCAGGGCCACUGGCAGCGGGCGACGGGUGAGCUGCAGCAGGAGGUGUCAGCACUGAGGAGGGAGCUGGCAGGGCUGCGCUCAGACCAGGAGGCUGUGAGCAAGCACCUGGAGGCUGUGCUGGAGCAGAUCAAGGCAACACGGGCUGACGUGGAAGCACAGAUGCCAGCAUGGAUCAGCCGCUUUCUGGCACAGAGCCGGCAGGACGAGGGCACGGCCGGGCUGCUGCUCCAGCGGGAGGACUUACAGGCAGAGCUGCGUGCCCUGGAGCUCCGGAUCCUCGCCCAAAUGCGGGAAGAGCGUGGGCUGGCAGCACGGGACAGCAUUGGUGUGGCCCUGCGGCAGGGGGGAGCCGGGGGGGUGACAGAAGAGCAAGUACACCUCAUCGUGGACCAAGCACUGAAGCGCUACAGUGAGGACCGCGUAGGAAUGGUCGACUACGCCCUGGAGUCAGCAGGGGCCAGCGUCAUCAACACUCGCUGCUCUGAAACUUAUGAGACAAAGACAGCACUGCUGAGCCUGUUCGGGAUCCCUCUGUGGUACCACUCACAGUCCCCACGCGUCAUCCUGCAGCCAGACGUCAACCCCGGGAACUGCUGGGCCUUCCGUGGCUCCCAGGGCUUUGCUGUCAUCCGCCUCUCCAGCCUCAUCCGCCCCACAGCCGUGACACUGGAGCACGUUCCCAAAGCACUGUCACCCCAGGGAACUAUCCCCAGUGCUCCUAAGGACUUCACUGUCUACGGCCUGAAAGAGGAGCGAGAGGAGGAGGGCCUUCUCCUGGGGCGCUUCACCUAUAACCAGGAUGGUGACCCCAUCCAAACAUUCUACUUCAAGGAUGACGACGUGGGAGCCUUCCAGUUGGUGGAGCUGCGUGUGCUGAGCAACUGGGGCCACCCCGAGUACACCUGCAUCUACCGCUUCCGUGUGCACGGGGAGCCGGCGCUCUGACCCUCCCCUGCUGCCAGACAGGGCCGUCCUGGGAUGCAGGAGGUUGCACUGCCCUUCGCCUGCGCUGCUGCUUGCGGAGGAAAGGACUUUUUGCCUGCAGGGGGGUGAGGCGAGGACAUCCCACGCGGGUGGCUCUCGGUGCGUUUCGGACACUUCUGACUUCUGAAGCUCAUUUUUUUCUAUUGGGGCUGCGCCGUCCCCUUUCUGGUGGCACAUAUAACCUUCCCACAGUUGGGAGGGAGGGAACUCCGUGAUGCGCUGGGGCACCGUGCAGCAUGGUGCUCCCCUCUGUGUUUCUCAAGAUCUUAAGGACCUCAAACCCUUCGAUGCUGGGCAGGCAGAGGGGACAUGAGACAGUAUUAAUUGAGUAUUGUACAAGUAAAGGUUUGGGGGGCAGCAGGAGGGGAGAAACGUGGCAGGUGUGGGCUUCAAAGCCAGUCCUGGGCUGGGGUCCAUGCACUUGGACCAGCAGCUGUGUUGGAUCCCAGUGAUGCUCGGGUUCCCCAUGCCUGGGGCUGCCUAUCCUGCUUGCUAAGCUUGAGGAUGCUACGUUCAAACCUCGCCUGCUUCCCCUUUUGGAUUUGCUCUGCUGUUUUUUUUUUUUUAAGGGGUGGGACUGUUUUCCAAUUAGAUUGUUGAGGUUUUUUGGUUUUUUUUGUAUUAACAAUGGAAAAACUUUUUCCAUGCAAUUUCUACUUACGUGGAGGUGGGGCUGUGACAUGAUACCACUGGAGCGAGCAGCUUCGCCUGGCAGUGGGGCUAGAGCUUCGCUUGGCACAAGGAUGCACACGCUGUAGGAUAAGUUGCAAUAAUAGGAGCACAGCUGGGCUGGGGGACGGGGCCCCACACCGGGUGCCAGCAGGACAUCCUCCGAGCUCACUUUCCCACUGGCACACAUGUAUAGAGGCAGCUGCUGCUGGGAGCUGUUGUCCUGGGUACCAUUUCUCCCAUCUGGUUUGUGGUGUGGGCCAUGGGGUGGAGAAGGCUUGCUGAGCUUCACAGGGUCCCCCAGCCUCAGUUUACAGCUCAGCUUAUGCUCUGGGGUAGUGUUUCUAACAACCACAUUUGUCUUGCGUUUAGUUUGCAAAUAAUAAUAUAAGCUGCAGGGCUUGCUUGUGGUGUUUGUGCCCUGUAGGAUGCUGGCAUCAUCCUCCCAGGUACUGAGCACUGAUCCCUGCUCUGGGAGAGGCAAGGGGCAAAGAGAAGGGCACAAGGCUGUCAGCCUCAGGGGAUUGGGACAAUGUUGUCCCCAUCUCCAAUCACAUGAAAUGGCCGCAUGGGGUCAGGAGGCCCUGCUGUUGGGGGAAAACAGCCCCUCAGCCAGGGCACUGGGGAGAGAAAUAGAUUUGCUCCUAUAUUGAGCAUAGAGCUUCAACUUUUGGCAUCCGCAGCCUGAGUUAUUUUAAGCUUGGCUGCAGCUGCCUGCGAGUGGUGACGCUGCUGAGCACCCAGACCUGUCCUGUGUUUAUUUGAAUGAGAAACAGAGUGGAGAUGCAGCUCUCCUCUUUAUUAGGGCUGUCCAUCUGCUGGAGGAAAUGCCAUAACCGCAGGGCUGGAGAUCCGCUCUUUACUCCACUCUCCUCUGUUCUCCCCCCUCGCUCUCAGUUUGCCCAAUUGCAAUGUUACAGACCCACCCUGCGCCAAUGGACUGUUACAGGCAGGAGAUGUACUUAAUGCUGUAGCCUGCUGCAAAUGCUGCACUGUUUUGUUCAUUGUAUUUUUUAAUCAACAGAUUGUAAUUUAUGCCUAUGCAAAGAAAGAAGACCAAGACAAAUAAAUUAUAUCAGAACUGCUAAGAGGUGGUUGGUUAGUUGGUGUGUUGGCAGGUGAGAACGAAAUGCGGCGAGAUGAGAACAUCACUGCUGUAGCUGUCGUGUAGUCUCACACCCAAUUCUUAUUUUCCAGCUGCCAUACUACAUCCAGGCAUGCAGGUUUGCCCUCUUACAGACCUGAACUCCUUGGGCUGCAUAAGCUGAAGCCUGCAGCCUUGCUUGCUGCCUUCUAGCAAUGCCACGGCUCUGUGCUGUGCCCAGGACCUGAGGCUGCCCCAGCCUUGGCUCUCCAUUGCAGUUCCCUGUGAGGCUGUUUUGUGUCUGGGGGAAGGCUCUGGCACAAGGACAGCACCCCCACACUCUCGAGCUGGCUGGAGCCUAUGCUCACCAAUUACGGCAGAAUUGCUAAGCUUGGCAUUUCACCACCAAUGAGAAGCACCAACUCUUACACAAAGCAAAUUCUGUAGGGGCUCAGUCCUCUGGACUUUGCUCCCUGCUGCAAGCACGGCCUCCUCUUGCAGCCAGCGAAGGAGAGCAGUGCCAGGUGAACAUUCUUGUGGCCGGCAGUGUUUAAGCUGCAAGCACUGCUUUUCCAGAAGGACAAAAAAACCAUCAGACAGCCUUUAACUCGGAACAAACUUUUUUAAAAUUUAUUUUAUAGAUCACGCCAGCCCGAGUGAUCUUUGAAUGCUGGUCACAAAAGAGAUCGCACCGCCUCCUUCACCCGAACCGAAGUAAACCCUCUUCCAGUCUCGGCAGUCUCCUUCAUUUGGAGCACAAGGAAUGGAGAAAGAGAACACCGCCGCAGCCUUCCACUCCCCUCGGAAGCGGAGGGCAGUGAAAUCUGAUGCAUUUGAUGCUGCUACAGGGCCAGGACAAAGGCAGCAGGCCCUCGUGCCCUGCUUAGCCACACUUCACACCCUCACAACGCGGGUGCUAUUAGUGUCGUAGCCGCCUAUGGUUCCCCCCUCUCCAGGAGAGCGCUGGUGUUUAGGCACGUAGCUGGGAAAGGACGGGCUGACCUCCCCGCUGCCACCCGUGCUCAGGCCGCUACAGUCUCUAAGGCAAAGUACCUCCUCUCCGUGGUGUUCCUCACCUCACCACGCUGCUUAAUGCUUUUCGAGUGCUGAUAUCCACGUCAGGAGAUGAGCUUUUCCCUCUCAAGCCCUAAUGCUUGCUCUUGCUUGGAUGGCAUUUGAGCCUACCUCCAACCUUGGCUUUCCAGCCUACCUGAAACCAAGCAGUGAAUGGAAGGAGCUCUACACUUCUAGCAAGAAGCAGGAACAGCCCUCUGGAGAGGGACUACAACCUUAAAGUCUCCCUCCAUGAGAAGUCUUCCACUGGGGAAGAAGGACCUCAAAGAAACUGAAGGUGACCACACAUGCUGGGGAGAGCAGCAAUCUGCUGGUGUCCAUCUCCUCCCUCCAGAUGGCCCUGCACUCCCACCCACAGGGGGUAACUCCUGUCCUGCAGGCAGCCACCAAGAGGCUGAGUGAGAGGAGAGAUGAGAACAAACGGGGAACUGAUCGCUCACACAGCCUGGGGUUAGAAGACAUGAUAUUAGUAUUUCAUAGAGCAUGCUUGCAGGGCCUUCCUGAAACUAGAAUUCACCAUUUACAACUGAAUUAAUUAAAUUAAAGACAGAAAAAUUACCACGUACUUCCAAACCUGAAAGCACUUCUGUAAGUUUGGUCCCUCUUUGGCCAAGAGGGGAGAAGACAAAUCAUACAAUCUCUACCACAGCCAGAGGGCCAGUGAGUUCUAGAAAACGCUUAGGAAAUCCUGGAGCAACCAAAAUCAAGGGAAGGUCAUCUUUACCUGGUGUCUGUUCCACCCAUGGGGUCUCUGUCCGUCAAGGUGAGAAGGCUCUUUCUCUGGCUCAAGGGACGGACUGAGUGCUCCUGCACAAUAUUGUUAAUACUGUUCAUUGAGCUGCCACAGCCAAGAGAGGCAAGUAGGAUUUGCUCCAGAAUGCACUGAACAGGCAAUAGGAAAAGCAGGGAAGGGGAAGAGGAUGGGCAAACCUCUGCCCAUUUAACUCUGUCUCUAAAAAAAAAAAAAAAAUUUAACUGCUACUAAUACAUUUGAGAAGGAUAUUUAGUAUGGGAUUCCUCAA